AUGCUAAAAACGUGUUGUCCACUUGUCAACCAUUCUCGCACAUUUUCAACGAAAAAACCGAAAGGAAACACACAAAAGUGAGUUUUUAUCUGACUUCCCUUUCGAAUCCACAAGUUCAGAAUUUCAGAUACAUUCAAAGACAGGCUACUGAUGAAUUCGCGGCCAAAGCUCGGGAGCACAACUUCCGAGCACGGAGUGCAUUCAAAUUGUUAGAAAUCGAAGAUAAGUUCAAGUUUCUCAAGCCAGGUUAGUUGAAAGCUCUUCUUCUAGAAAAUAACGAACACAUUGCAGACAGUACUGUGAUAGACGUCGGCUGCGCUCCCGGAUCAUGGCUGCAAGUUGUCGUUGGGAAGUGCCCGAAUGGCUAUGCCCUUGGAGUCGAUCUUCAGAAUGUUCUUCCUCUCCGCGGAGCCGAUAUUCUGUCGCUUUCCGACGUCACGUGUUGGGAAGUGCAAAACAAUAUUCGAAGGAAAUUAGAAAACCGAAAAGUGGACGUAGUGCUCAGUGACAUGGCACCUAACCCCACUGGUAAGACACUUGAUCGUUUGUAAUUUGAGAGCUAUGAAUGUAUUUGCAGGUGAUAACGCGACCGAUCAUGUGCGACUUAUUGAACUGUGUCGGACAGUUUUCCGAUUGUUUACAGAAAAGAACGCAUUCGAACUGAAAAGGAAUGGAGUGUUUUUGUGCAAAGUGCGCCUACUUUCCUUAUGAAUGAAAACUAUUUCCGUUCUUUCAGGUCUGGGACGGAAGUGGUCGCUCAGACUUCAUUCGGGAGCUCUCCGAUCGAUUCUCCAUCGUGAAAACGGUCAAACCAACAGCGUGCAGAGAUAAUAGUGCUGAAAUGUAUCUCUUCUGUAGGAAUUUGAAAUAGUCUCUCCAAAAGUUAAUGAAGUGAUAUUUCCUGUAUCGUUCUUAUCCACUUUUAAUUUACUGGUGCUUUUGCAUCCUCUUUUUCUAUCUUUUCCUGUUCUCUUUGGUAUUCACGCAUAUCCGAUCCAAAGUUCAGCUCAGAGAAUGCCUUGGAGAGCAGCUUUGAAGGUGGCGUUCGCAGCUGGAGAAGCAGUCGCAAAAGCACUCUCAAGAGCCGUUCGCGAUGAAAUUCGGCGUAAUUCCUUUCAUUCACAGUUCUCAUCCACAUUUUUCAACUUCAGAGACACAACAAGCGGCAGCCCGACACGCGGCGGCGACCGGACAGACUGCCGGCGAAACGAAGGAAAACGCGAAUGCGAACGCGAAGUUGGGCAUUUCUCUGGAAGAAUCGCUGCAAAUUCUGAAUGUGAAGACGCCGUUGAAUCGAGAAGAAGUGGACAAACACUACGAGCAUCUGUUCAAAAUCAAUGACAAGACGAAUGGAGGCACCUUAUAUCUGCAGAGCAAAGUGAGCGGGACCAUUAGUUCAACAAUUGAAUCGUUUCUCGAGUUGGAAAAUUUAUUUUGAUCUCACAAAGUUCUUGCAGGUUUUCCGUGCGAAAGAACGGAUAGACGAGGAAUUGGGACGACUGGAACAAAAGGAAGAGGUCAAGCAGGAAGAUAACGCCAAAAAAGAAUAG